AUGGCAUUUAUGAAUGAAUCCUAUCAUUUGGACAGCCCUUAUAACAACAGCAAUUACAACGAUAGCCUCAAUUAUAGUUAUUACAACUACGAUGACCGCAUAGAAUACGAUGAGUUUAGACACUCAUUCAUCACGACGUUGGUGUACAUAGUAGCGUACUCAAUAGUGUUUGUGGUGGGCUUGGUGGGUAACGUGCUGGUCAUGAUGGUGGUCGCUCGCACCCGCAUCAUGAAGACGACUGUGUUUUACUUCCUGUUCAAUUUGGCGCUUGCAGACCUGCUUGUGAUAAUAUUCUGCGUGCCUGCUACACUCAUCGGCAACGUGUACACGGCGUGGGUGCUGGGGCUGUUCUCGUGCAAGGCGGUGGCAUACCUGCAAGGGGUGAGUGUGUCCGCAUCCAUCAACACGUUAGUGGCCAUCUCAGUGGACAGAGCUCUGGCCAUCUGCAGCCCCAUGAGAUGUCAGUUCACGUCGAGGACGUGUCGUGGCAUCAUCCUCGUCAUCUGGACGUUUAGCUUAGUCAUCACGCUGCCCUGGGCCAUCUUCUUCAAGCUCGAUAACAUCGGCAACUCAGAUGCUCAGGUUUGUGUGGAUCUGUGGCCCAGCAAAGACAUCGAGAAACUCUACUUCGUGUUUGCCAAUUUGUUCAUGUGCUACUUGCUCCCCUUGACCAUCAUAUCGGUAUGCUACAUCCUCAUCUUCCAUAAGGUGUGGUGGCGACAGCUGCCGGGCGAGGAGCAGACUCAGCGCGUCAACAUCAUGGUGCAUCAGUCGAAGCUUAAAGUCAUCAAGAUGCUGCUCAUCGUGGUCGUGCUUUUUGCAUCGUCUUGGCUACCGCUCUACGCACUCUUCGCUAGAGUCAAACUGGGAAACGUGACAGAAGGAGAACAGAGGCUGCUACACAUCGCUGUACCUGUGGCUCAGUGGCUCGGCUCUUCAAAUUCUUGCAUCAACCCAAUCCUGUACGCCUUCUUCAAUAACAAGUUCAGGGCGGGCUUCAAGGCGAUCUUCUUGUCUCGGUCAUGUUGCUCCCCCAUCCGCCUGGACGGACUGCACGGCACACGCAGCCUCUGCUCGUCCCGCCACCACCGCCACGCAGCCACCACCGCCACCCGCCUCUCCAUAUACUCCAACCUCGACUCUGACGGUCCUCACCGACCAUCAAAACUCAGGAGCCUGGCUGAAGGUCCUCAUAGACGCCGCCUGCAGUCGUUCACCCCCGACACCGAGGAGUCGGUGCAGCUCCGCGAUCUAAACGAAUUGACGUCAAACGCGGACAAGAUUUGCAGCCUGGAUUUCUACUCGGAUAAUCGGCCAGCUCAGAGGUGCGCUCAGAAAUACAAAGCGUUUACGUCUAAACGCUGUCGAGCUAAGGAGAUGGAGAUGGUCUGCGACAAGCAAAACACCGUCUUGGUUUACGACAGCAAAAAAGUUGUCACUAGCAUUGCCAAUGGAGACUCAAGUAAUUAUACAGACGAAAACGACAGAGAGGUCGAAACCGUCAACAUUGUAUGGUAA